UUUAAUAUUAAUUUUCCCACGUUUUAGAUUUAGGUUUAUUCAUUCAUCACUUAACUAGUGGUUGCAAUUUGUGUAAGAUUAUACUGUGAAUAUCUUUGAAACGAAAUAAUGGGUCGAAAAGUGCAAUCCAAACAGAACUCUAGAAAGCGAAAUAGUAAGGAGGGUAACAAAUUUGUUCAGCAGAGGAGAAAAGAACUAUCAAUAUUAGUGGAUAAACUGCUCAAAUUAACCACCAUAUUCCAAGCUACACAGUACAGUACAGUUGCAAUAAGUUGGGAGCACCAUUUACAAAUAGAGGCAAUUAUCAAAGAGAUAGUUAAUAUUGAGAAUUCUGCUACGAAAGUUGCACGAAAUCAUAGAAAAUUAAAUUUAGAAAAGUAUGUCAACUGGUUGCACGAGCACGGAGCGAAAUUUGAAGGUGUAGAAAUCAGCGAAUUUGAUGGCUACGAACUUGGAUUAAAAGCAACAAGAGACUUUGCAGAAGGUUCGCUUAUACUUACUGUACCCACAAAAGUAAUGAUGACUGAAAAGAAUGCAAAUGAGUCAGAUUUAGGUCCAUUCAUCAAUGUAGAUCCACUUUUGCAGAACAUGCCAAAUAUAACAUUAAGUCUGUUUUUGUUGCUGGAAAAAAGUACACCAGAUUCUUUUUGGAAACCGUACUUUGAUGUUUUACCGGAAAAAUAUUCUACAGUUCUCUAUUUUACAUCUGAAGAAUUACAAGAAAUUCGGCCUUCACCUGCAUUUGAGUCUUCUCUGAAGCUGUAUAGAAAUAUCGCAAGACAGUAUGCAUAUUUUUACAACAAAAUUCACACAUCGGAUAUACCAGUUCUCAAGAACUUACAAGAUAUAUUCACAUUUGAUAAUUACAGAUGGGCGGUUUCUACUGUAAUGACCCGGCAAAACAACAUCCAGCUCUCCGGAGCCUCGACAACAGCCUUUAUACCUCUCUGGGACAUGUGCAAUCACGAACAUGGAAGGAUAACAACAGACUACAAUGAAGAUCUGAACCGAGGCGAGUGUUACGCGCUGCGUGACUUCAAGCCGGGCGAGCAAAUCUUCAUAUUCUACGGAGCGCGACCGAACUGUGACCUGUUCCUGCACAAUGGCUUCGUUUACCCCAAUAAUCAACACGACAGCCUAUCCUUAGCACUAGGUGUAAGUACAGGAGACGCUCUACGGGAAGCUAAGUUAUCCCUACUAACGAAACUUGGUUUAGUCGGAGUCACCCACUACAACUUGUAUAAAGGCUCGAAUCCGAUAGGUGCAGAGCUACUGGCUUUCAUCAGGAUAUUCAAUAUGAAUCAAGAGGAACUAACAAAAUGGUCGAGUCACGCUAUUCCCAGUGAUCUGGUCUCCUCGGAAGAGAGUAGUUCUGAAAUUGUGGGAGCCGCUAUAGAUCGCAGAGCUUAUACGUAUCUAAUGACACGUUGUGGGCUUAUCAAAGCGUCUUACAAAAAGAGCGAGAGCGACCCUGACUCAGUGCAUAGAAAAAAUGUCAUUCUCCUAAAGGAAUGUGAGGUACAAAUAUUAGACGAUGCCAUACAGUACUUAAAGAAUGUUUUGGACAAACUUCCCACCGGCGAACCGUAAAUACAAACAUGCGAAUUUAUUAGCUAUAAUGAUUUUCAACCUUAUGGAGGUUACUGAUAAGGUUUAACUUUGAAGGUGUGACCUUUUUUAUAAGAAUUACAAUCAUGACAGUAUUGAAAUAUUUUUACACUUUGUU